UGCUUAAUUCAGCCAAUCCAAAAAUGAAGGUUCUGCUGAUCGUCGCCUUGGCUCUGGUCGCCCUGACCGCCGCUCGACCCUCCGACGUGAUCGACAUCGAGCAGGACCACAUGGAGCACGAGCAGGAGGGCGUCCCAGGAACGGCCGUGGAGGGCGAGUACUCGUGGGUAGCGCCCGACGGCAACGAAUACGUCAUCAAGUACGUCGCCGACACAACGGGUACCGCGUGGUCGACGACAACGUCCUUCCGGAGUUCCGUGACAACAAGCCCACCGGCGAGGCAGAGGAGGCCGAUGACUAGUCCCAUGGAUUGA